AUGGUCCCAGGGCUCCUGACUACUAGGGAUGAGGCAUUAAUGGCCUUCAGGGAUGUGGCUGUGGCCUUCACCCAGAAGGAGUGGAAGCUACUGAGUCCUGCUCAGAGGACCCUGUAUCGGGAUGUAAUGCUGGAGAACUACAGCCAUAUGGUGUCGCUGGGUAUUGCCUUUCCUAAACCAAAACUCAUCAUACAACUGGAACAAGGAGACGAGCCCUGGAGAGAGGAGAGUGAAUGUCUUCUGGACCUUUGUGCAGCAGAACAAAGAACAGAAUUCCAGCCCUGUCUCUCCUGCCUGGUGACUUUUUCCAGUCCACGGAUCCUCCAUCAAUAUGUGCUCUGUGGUCACUCCCUUCAGAUCUUCCCAGGUUCAUCUGCAGAAAGCCACUUCCUACUAGAAGCUCCAAGCUGCUUGAAAGACAAAGUAGAAGAUGGAGAGAGAAAAGGCUCUGGCACUGUGUUUGGGAGGCUGCGGCUGAGUGGGACUUCAAGGGCAUUUUUCAGCUCAUCUCAAGGUCAGCCAGUAGACCAGGGAGGCAAUAGCAGUGGAAGAAUAGACCAGGGGAUGAUCUCUGAUGAGGCAGAUGCAGUAUUGACAGAGACAAAUAUCUCAGAAUCUGAAGCAGUCAUAUGUGAAAACUAUAGAAUAGGAUUUAGCACAAAAUCAAGCCUCUUUAGCCUCCAGAAGCAUCAUGUGUGCCCUGAAUGUGGCAGAAACUUCUGCCAGAAGUCAGACCUCGUCAAACACCAGAGGACUCACAUGGGAGAGAAGCCGUAUAGUUGCAGAGAGUGUGGGCGAGGCUUUGGCCGGAAGUCCUCCCUCACCAUACACCAGAGGAAGCACUCAGGGGAAAAGCCCUACAUGUGCAGGGAGUGUGGGCGACACUUCAGGUAUACAUCCUCCUUAACUAACCAUAAGAGGAUACACUCCGGGGAGAGACCCUUUGUAUGUCAGCAGUGUGGGAGAGGCUUCCGCCAGAAGAUCGCCCUCAUCCUGCACCAGAGGACACACUUGGAAGAGAAGCCCUUUGUGUGUCCAGAGUGCGGAAGAGGCUUUUGCCAGAAGGCAUCACUCCUUCAACACCGUAGCUCGCAUUCAGAUGAGAGGCCCUUCCUGUGCCUGGAGUGUGGGCGUGGCUUCAGGCAGCAGUCACUGCUCCUCAGUCACCAGGUCACACACUCGGGCGAGAAGCCCUAUGUCUGUGCUGAGUGUGGGCACAGCUUUCGCCAGAAAGUCACCCUCAUCAGACACCAGAGGACACACACAGGGGAGAAGCCUUACCUGUGCUCCGAGUGUGGGCGUGGCUUUAGCCAGAAAGUCUCCCUUCUGGGCCACCAGAGGACGCACACAGGGGAGAAGCCUUAUGUGUGCUCUGAGUGUGGGCGUGGCUUUGGUCAGAAGGUUACCCUCAUCAGACACCAGAGGACGCACACAGGGGAGAAGCCUUUUCUGUGUCCCGAGUGUGGACGUACCUUUGGCUUCAAGUCACUUCUCACCAGACACCAGAGGAUACAUUCAGGGGAGGAGGCUGAUGGGUACGGAGUAUGUGAGCAAAGACUUGGUCUGAAGAUCCAGCUCACCUCUGACCAGAGGGCACACUCAGGAGAAAAGCCAUGUGUGUGUGAUGAGUGUGGACGUGGCUUUGGCUUCAAGUCAGCCCUCAUCAGACACCAGCGGACACAUUCAGGAGAGAAGCCAUAUGUGUGUGGGGAGUGUGGUCGUGGCUUUAGCCAGAAGUCUCACCUCCACAGGCAUAGGAAAACCAAGUCUGGCCAUCACCUCCUGCCACAGGAGCUGUUCUCUUGA